GGUGGAGAUUGAACUCUGCAUUCUCCGGCAUCCUGGGCCAUGGGGCGUCCCACCGCCCUGCUCCUGCUCUUGGCUUUCCUGACGCCUGGGGCCGCCAUCCGUGUACCGCCGGCCAUGAAGGCCCUCAGCAGCCUGCGUUGGUCAACCAGUUUCACAUCCCGCGGUACUGUUGCCAAGAAGUACUCGAUUCACUACAUCCAACAGAAGGUUAAUCAUUUUGGAUUUGAUGCUGAUAAAACUUUUAAACAGCGGUACCUAAUAGCUGAUGAACACUGGAAGAAAAAUGGUGGAUCAAUACUUUUCUACACUGGUAAUGAAGGGGACAUUACAUGGUUUUGCAAUAAUACGGGGUUCAUGUGGGAUGUGGCUGCUCAACUGAAGGCUAUGUUGGUGUUUGCAGAACAUCGAUACUAUGGAGAGUCCCUACCUUUUGGUAACAAAUCAUUCACGGAUUCCAGACACUUGGACUUUCUGACAUCAGAACAAGCUCUGGCUGAUUUUGCAGUGUUAAUCAAACACUUGAAAAAAACAAUCCCAGGAGCUAAAAAUCAACCUGUCAUUGCCAUAGGGGGCUCUUACGGUGGCAUGCUUGCAGCCUGGUUCAGGAUGAAAUAUUCCCAUAUAGUGGUUGGAGCUCUUGCAGCCUCUGCCCCCAUCUGGCAUUUUGGUAAUCUGGUACCUUGUGGUGUAUUUAUGGAGAUUGUAACUAAAGAUUUUAAGAGAAGUGGUCCAAAUUGUUCAGAAACCAUUCGCAGCUCCUGGGAUGCUAUUAAUCGAUUCGCAAGAACAGGUGCUGGCUUGCGUUGGCUUUCUGAAAACCUUGACUUAUGUACCGCAUUAACAAAUACUCAGGAUGUCCAGAAUUUGAAAGCCUGGAUCUCUGAAACCUGGAUAAAUCUGGCAAUGGUGGACUACCCUUAUGAGUCUGACUUUUUACAGCCUUUGCCUGCUUGGCCUAUCAAGGUAGUGUGCCAGUAUUUGAAAAAUCCCAGUGUAUCUGAUGCACAGCUUCUGCAGAAUAUUUUCCAAGCUCUGAAUGUCUAUUACAAUUAUUCAGGCCAGGCGAGCUGCUUGAAUAUAUCAGAGACAACAACUAGCAGUCUGGGAACCCAGGGUUGGAGCUAUCAGGCCUGCACAGAAAUGGUCAUGCCUUUUUGUACUAAUGGUAUUGAUGACAUGUUUGAACCUCACUCAUGGAACUUGAGGGAAUUUUCUGAGGACUGUUUUAAACAGUGGGGUGUAAGACCGAGACCUGCCUGGAUCAUUACUAUGUAUGGAGGCAAAAACAUCAGUUCACACACGAACAUCAUUUUUAGCAAUGGUGAACUAGACCCCUGGUCAGGAGGUGGAGUAACCAAGGAUAUCACAGACACCUUGGUUGCAAUCACCAUCCCAGAAGGGGCCCAUCAUCUAGAUCUCCGAGCCAGAAAUGCCUUUGAUCCCACGACCGUGCUAUUAGCCCGCUCCUUGGAAGUUAGACACAUGAAGCAGUGGAUCAGAGAUUUCUAUGCCAAUCAGAGAAAGAAGCACUGAACAAUUUUGAUCAUUUUCAGUUUCUUCUUUUAUGUUCAUUCUACCCAUGUUCCCAUUCACUUUGGUUUUCUGCAUGUAAUUACUUUUCCUUGUUUGUCAUUAGAUUUGGUGGGGCGAAGGUUGAGAUAGAAGAGAGGGUGACGGUGGUGACGGCAGACAUCCCACAUCCCGGGUCCUCGCCAUCUUCACGCCACCUCCAGGAAGAAUCUCUUUGUGACAGCUUUCCUACACCAUCAGUGGCCCUCAUAACUGGAGCAGAGUUCCUGACUGCCUUUCACAAGAGGGAGAGUCACUUCUUUUGUUUCUCUGCAAGCAGGGCUUUCUCUUGGUUUUGAGGUUAAAGUCUCUUUGGUCCAUUUGUCACUCCCCAUCCCUCCCCCCCCAAAAAAAGAAAAGCAGAAAAUAGAUAAAAAUGAUGUAAUUGCAGCUGGUAGGAAGGAUGUCCGAGCCAAUCCAGGAAAUGGAAGCCAUUUCUUUUGUACUUGAUUUAAUGACUUUGAACUGUGCUAUAAAUAAAGAGUAAGGCUGGACCUUA